AUGACCAGGAAGGUGUUCACCAACACGAGGGAGCGUUGGCGCCAGCACAAUGUCAACACCGCCUUCGCCGAGCUCCGCAAGCUCAUCCCCACCCAUCCUCCAGAGAAGAAGCUGAGCAAGAACGAGAUCCUACGCCUGGCCAUGCGCUACAUCAACUUCCUGGUGCAGCUGCUGGAGAGCCAGAGCGGUCAGCCGGCCAGCCACUCACCCACUGCUCUGCUCACCUUUCUCAGAGGGAACAUGGAGCAGCUGCACUCCCCUCCUCACCCCUGGGCCCUGAACAGCGACACAGAAGCUCCGUCACCUGGAUCCAGCUGCGACAGCUCCGAGGCCUGGUAGAAGCACAGCGACAAGAAACUCCUGAGUGGACUUUAGGACCCUUUUCUUUGGUCUAAAAACUGUCCCUUGAAGACUGCGUUUUGUCUCUGCAUCGUGUUCUACUGCAGAACGUUGUGUGACAUUCGUGGAAUCCAAACGUGGCUGAAGAGUGGUGCCGCCUCUGAUCAGUGUUAAAAUAUGAAAUAUAAUUUGCAGGUGAAAAUUAAUUUGUGUUCUGCAUGGAUGUGUAAAACCUGGAUGUACAAUAUUCCCUUCAUGUCUUCAUGUUAAUAUUCCUUGCUGCCGGCCCGCCUGGAACUAAUUUAGUUUUGCAAUAAGGGGGUGUUUUGCCAAUGAGGAAAAUGGAGGGGAUUAAGGAAUUUCUCAUUUCAAGCAAUAGAUUGAGCAAAGCAUUUGAAUAGAUAAUGGUUCGGCCCGUUCUCCAGACUGCAAUCGUGCCGAAAUAGCCAACAGCACUUUUUCUUUUUCCAGUCGACAUGCUGUUUUUUUCCUUGAGAAGACUAAAUCUGACCUUUCUUUUCAAUUAUCAAGGUUAUGCGUCGUCAGAAGACUCAGUUCUGAGAAAGACUUUUCCCGUUUCACACAACAACGUUCAGCCUUUGUUGAUGAAUGGUUUCUGAUAUCUGGAAUGGGCCAAGGAAUUUUGACAAAACUGACAAUCCUUGUUCAGUAAUUCUACAAAUGUCUUCUCAUUUCAGUGUUUUCACUUGAUUUUUUGUGAAAUACGCAUGUCAUAUAGCCAAAGAUAAUGAACUGAUUGUCUACUGUGAAGAGUGUGCUGAUUUUCUUCUUAUACCUCUUUUGUAAGUUAUUUUGGUUUGCUUGUGAAUAUAUAGUAUGUUAUUUAUUUGAACUAUUUAUUUAAUAAAUGAUUUGUUAAUAAUUCA